UGCCCCUUUCAGUCCUUCUUCACUAAGGUCUAGGUUUUGAUAUUUCCGUUCACUCUAGCUUAAACGCUUUCGCUGAGCGAUAUUUCAAUUCACUUGCACUAAGGGACUUUCAUUAAUCUGCGAGCUUCCCAUUUCUCAGUACCUCAAAUCUCUUUCUCCCCUCCCUUUGGGCACUUCAUUUCCCUUCAAGCUAUUUCCUUUCCUCUCUUCUACCACUCACUCGUUUCAAGAUGGAUCCUCCAACCGGACCACCCAGGAAAAAAAGGAAGAUGUCAAAAUCCAAAGGCAUUCCAUCUUUUGAUUCCCACCGGUUCCUUACAGAAGAUCACCAACAAUGGUAUGCAGUAGUCGAGAACCGGAACUUAUUACCAGAACGAAAGGUUGUUUUACAAACAGGUGAACACGAAGAGUUUCAACAAGAGCUCAAGAGGCGAAAAUGGAUCAAAUUGACGAAAUACGCAGCUCAUGCAAACGUAGCCGUUGUAAAAGAAUUCUAUGCUAAUGCAAUGUUGCUCAAAGCAGGAGAUCCAACCUUCAAAAGCUUUGUCAGAGGGAAAGAGAUAUCCUAUAGUGGCCGAGUCAUUAACCAUUUCCUGGGUACGGAACUAAAUUUGGGUCCAUCAGGCUGUCAAUAUGUUGAAUGGUGCAAUAAGAAAAAGGACUACUUGAAGGUGGCUGAAAAACUGUGCAAGCGUGGGGCAGACUAUGUAACUAGUGCAGCAGGCCACAAACGGAGAAUUUUGAGAGGCGAUUUGGUUCCCUUAGCGCAGAUAUGGACUUCUUUUCUGCAUUCCAACAUUUCUCCUUGUUCUCACACCUCAGAUAUCACUGAGAGGAGAUCCCAAAUGGUAUAUGCUAUUAUGGCUGGAUUAUCCAUGGAUGUUGGAGCCAUCAUUGCUCAGGAGAUUCAUUUGACAGCAAACUCAGGCAGUACUGGUCAGCUGAGUUUCCCAUCUCUAAUCACCGAGCUUUGUCGCAGGGCAGGAGUUGAUGUCUCAGAGCCACCUUUCCAAAAACCUCGGCAGCCUAUUAAUGCUCAGUUCAUUUUGAAAAACUGUAUGGGAAGUGAAACUCGUGCUCCCUUAGUGAGAGCUGCGCCUCCUGCUGUACCUGGUAGCAUCCCUCAUCGACUCGAGCUAUUAGAGAUUGAUCAGCAAUUGAUCCACCAGAAGUUGGAUGCCUUGUACCGUUCCCAGGUUUUGAUGAUGAGCAGCAUACGGAGCCUCAUACCUGGCAUUUCUCAGGACUCAUUUCAUUUUCCAUCUGCAGAGGAGUUUGAUUCCAAUGUCGCAUGGCCGAAACUACCUGAAAAACAGGAUUCUAUUGAGGAAACGGAUGAACAUGCAGUUGAGAAGGAGGUGGAUGAGCCUGCUGAGGAGGAGGGGGUGAGGAUGCUGUUGAUGCUAAGGAAGAAGAGGAUGAGCAGCUUGGAGACUAGGUUUAUGGCUGAUCCAUCUACACCUCCACCAUCACAAAGUGAGGACCAAAGUCAAUCAUCACAAAGUGAGGACCAAAGUCAAUCAUCUACUCGACCCAAGUGUAGACGUGCUACUAGGCUUAGAGACUUGACUAUUAGUCGUAGUGCUGAUCAAAGAUUGCCCAUUCAAUUUGAUACGAGUACAGGAAAAGUUUUUGGAGACAACCGUGCAAGAUUCACUAGCUUUGUGGCCUUACUUGGUAGAAGUAAGGUUAGUAUUCUUAUUGACGAUUGGGACCAUGUUCUUGAAGAAGUGAAGAACCAAAUAUGGCAAACGAUCAUGCUAACAUAUGAUGUCCCAAACACCAUCUUGUUGAGAACUAAAUGGAUAUCAUAUGCUGGGCAACGGUGGAGGUGUUUCAAGACUGACCUUACUAGUCGGUAUAUUUAUGGUAAGUUAAGUCACAAGAAUCCUUGUGAGAUUUAUGAGUUCCUUGAUGAGGAAACAUGGCAGGCUUUUCGAGACAAACGAUUAGACCCUACCUUUCAGGAAAAGAGAAAAGCUGCACAGGACAUGGUGAAAAAAAAUCUCCACCCACACAGAUUGUCUCGUGGGGGAUAUCAUAGGUUAGAGGAGAUUAUGAUCCGUGAGGCCUCUUCCUUAGCUACCGAUGAUCGGUUAGAUUUGAGUUUGAUUUCUCCACCUCCACGUCAUGAGAAAUGGAAGAGAGCUCGCACUAAGCCAACAGGAGAAUACAUUUCUGAAGAAACUCGACUUGUAGCGGAGAGGAUUGAUGACUUAGUGGAAAAAAGCUCUCAAGGUUUAUUCACUCAACAAGGUAGAGAUGACAUAUUAGCUACUGCCAUUGGACGUCCUGAGAAGCCAGGAUAUGUCCGUGGUGUUGGAGGAGGGGUAGGCAUCAAACAAUUCUUUGGUGGUACUACUCGAAGGGUUACUUUAGCACAACUUGCUGAAUCCGAUAAGAAGGUUCUAAGAAAUGAGUUUAAGAAAGAGUUGUUUCCAGAAUUGAGAGAUGAGUUAUUGUCAGAAAUCAAAUCUGAGAUAGCAUCCUUAGGAUUGGCUAUUCAAGGUCCACCAAAGGGGACUCCCCCGAUUGUUGCUAGCACAAAGGGGAGUUGUCAUCUUCCUGAGGAAUCAGAGGAUGGUGUUGAUGUCCCUGUUGAUUGUGAGUUGUAUGUUGAUGAUCCCCCUGGGCAUUUGGUGGCCUUAGGUAAAAUAUAUAAUUUGGGAAACAUCAUCCACCAUGAGACUAUUAAAGAUGACAUGUUGCGAGUGGUGGUGGUAGAUAUUAAAGAUUGUUCUGCUUGUGUUCCUGUGCCUAGUGAGGAGGUUCAAACAGUGGGACAAGCACCAGAGAAUUUUGUCAUUUGGCCAUCCAGAUUGACAAAGCCAAUUUUAGACAUUUCUAGGAAGACAAACAUUGUUACACCUUCACAACCACAAUUGUCUCCUUUACAACAACUUGGUGUAAAGGUAGUGACAAUGGGGAAUAAAACUAUUGAGAUAGAUAUGCCUCUUGAACUGACAUGCAAGACUGCCACCACCACUUUAUCUAUAUGUAAUAGGGAUAUUUGUGAAAUUGUCUUUGGUAAUGAUCUCUCUACAAUAGUUCUACAAGUUUGGAAUUUGUAUUUGUAUCACCUUAGCAUCGAGAGAAAGAAUGCUACUAUCUAUGGAUUUCUUGACCCUGUUAUCAUUCAAAGGGUAGGAAAUAAAUCAAAGGAGAUGCAAAAAUACUUAACAGAGAUGUUUGAGAAAGCUAGUAAAGAGGUUUAUUUAGCACCUUACUUGCAUAAGGGUCAUUGGCAAUUGAUAGUAAUUGUUCCAAAUCGUUCUCUUGUAGUUCUCUUAUGUUCCUUGCAUAAGAAAGCUAACACAUUGUCCAUCAAAAAUAUGUUAGAGAUGUCUUUGGAAGCUUAUUCAAAGUUGCGGGGUAUUCCAUCUGGAUCUAGGAAAAAGAUGCAAAUAGUGACACCUAAUUGUCGACGUCAAUUGGACAGCUAUGAGUGUGGGUAUUAUGUAAUGAAGCACAUGCACACCAUUAUUUGUACAAACAUUACUGAUUCAUGGGAUAAGAUUUUUAUUGAUUCAUCUUCAAUGGAAGCUCCAAUCAUUGAAGACAUUAGAAUUAAGUGGGCUUCUUUUAUUUUAAGUGUUAGUAAAUUGUAGAAACUUGACUACAAUGUAGUGUAGUUAAUGUUAUAUUUGAAUUUAAUAUACGGUUUGAUGUACAAAUUAUGUAUUAAGUAUUACACAAUUUAUGUUUGAAAUUAAUUUCAUUGUAAGUUUGAUUGAAUA